AUGUUGCAAUUGUUGCCUGCUAAUUGCAUGCAAAGUCUGCCAGCCAAACUUGUGACGUUUUUAACCAGUAUGCAGUCACAGUUCAAUGCACUUAACAAAUGUACAGCACAUUUGGAAUCUUUUGCUGUCAAAAAUGUCCAACUACAUGCUCAAUUAGCUAAUUCAACUGCAGAUCUUAGAACUGCAGCCUCCACUUGGGCCACCAAAACAAGCUUGAUUCUGCCAGCCAAGACACCUCGAGUUCCUUCUGCCCACCAGGUUGCUGCCUCUCAAAGACUGUUCUCUGACAAAACUGGUCCUGAUGGUUUUAAAUAUGUUUAUAUUCCUCGCUCACGUUGUAUUACACACGGUGAAGUGUGCCGCUCUCUCCGCACUCUUGGUGUUGACACCAGUCACCUGUUAUAUAUUAACUUUUCUGCUUGUGGAGUUAUUAGAAUUCUUGUUCAUGUGCAGUAUCUUGAGGAAUUUAAUUCCCAAUUAGCUAGUGCUAAGGUCUCUCUUGUCAACAACUUUGAUCCACUUGACCCUAAAAAUGUUGCUGAUCCCAAGUUUGCCAACUUGUCUGUCUCUGGUCUUGAAACCCAGGCUUUGGCUCUCCAAAAUGCCCGCUGUAUCCAAGCUCUCAAGUUUUUGCGUUCUCACUUAGUUCUGCCAGUUGCUCACUUCUUUGUCCAGUCAGAAUGGAUUGGACUUGAGGAAAUUCCUGCCCGACCAGUAGCUGAGCACUUUGGUGAUGCUCCAAACAAAAAACGUGCCCUUGAUGCUCUCACUGCUAUGAUUGAAUGA